AUGUCAGACGAACAAGAUGCGCUCGAUGCUCUCGAGCGAGAGGCCUCCGAUUUCACCAAGGAUGCCGAAAUUGAUCGCAUCCGAAAAUCAUUUGUUCUAGAUGCCUACGCCGUCCUCGACCUUCAGCCCGGAGUAACAGAGAAAGACAUCAAAAUCCAAUAUCGAAAAAAGUCACUACUCAUCCACCCGGAUAAGACAAAAAACCCCGGUGCACCAGAUGCCUUCGACCGCCUCAAGAAAGCGCAAUCGGCGCUGAUGGACAAGAAACAACGAAAUUACCUAGACGAAUGCAUCGCGGACGCGCGGCGGCUUCUCAUUCGCGAACACAAGUAUACGCUGGACUCACCGGAGUUGAAGACGGACGAGUUCAAGAAGGAGUGGCGGCAGAAGACGGUGCACGUGCUGCUGGAGGAGGAGGCGCGGAGGCGGAGACAGGCCAAGGCGAAGCUACAAGAGGAGGGACGAGAGAGGCGGAAAGAGGAAGAAGAGAUUGAGGAGCGAAAGCGGAAACGGGAUCAGCAGCAGGCAUGGGAGAACAGCCGCGAUCAACGGAUUGGGAGCUGGCGGGAUUGGCAGAAGGGGCAAAAGAAGGAGGGCGAGAAGAAGAAGAAAAAGAUGAAGGUGCUGGGAUGA